ACCGACACUACUUUCCGCGUUCAAAACAACUGGGAACUCGGAAAUCUCCAACUUCAGUGCGUUCAAAUCAACUGGGACGACGUCUGACUGGGAACUCGGGGCAUUUCUAGAGCUCCGACCUGAAAAUCAAGACGUCAUGAUUUGACCUCGUAUAUUUUAUGAGUUCCCAGUUGUUUUGAACGUAGGAACUGUAAUCGGUGUCUGACGUAUGAUGCACGCCCCCCAUUCCAACGCUUCCUGACAAAGAUGGCGGCGACCUUGUGUGGCAGGCUUUUACCAAAACAGGGAUGGCUUCCCCUGACACAGAGUGUCCGGCAUGGCUCUAAGGCAGUCACGCGUCACAGGAAGCCCAUGCACAUCCUCAAACAGAAGCUGAUGGCUAUCACUGAAUACAUUCCACCCAAACCUGCAGCUCCCCCCGGGGCUCUGACCCCCCGCGUCAAACCAGUUCAGGAGGAAAGUGGCCUGGUGUUGCUCUUGAAGAAGGAUUUGCAGACCAUGUUCCAGGACUGUAAGAUGAUCGCUGUGAUCCAAAACAACGCCACCAAUUCAGAGGACAUGCUGCUUCUCAAGCACAGGCUCCAUAAGCAUGGCAUCAAAAUCAAGUUUAUCCCCAACCAGGUGAUGAGGUCCUACCUGGCAGACAGCCCUUACAUUAACAUGGGGCCUCUAUUCAUUGGCCAGACAGUUCUAUUUGUUAGUAAAGAGCCAAAGGUGAAGGAAAUGCUUUUGAGUUUGAGGACCAGCCCCCAGAUGGUAUUAUUGGGGGCCUGUAUAGAGAAGAUAUUGCUGAGUCGGCAGGGGGUGUUGAACUAUGCCAAGCUGCCGUCAGUGACCGUGGUCCAGGGAGAGCUAGUGAGUGGCCUGACCAUGCUGACCUCGCAGACAGCCUCCAUGUUGCAGCACCACCCCGCCCACCUCUCAUUGAUACUCCAGCAGUACCUCAAACAGCAGGCUCCCGCAGGCAGUACCAACGGGACCCCAGGGGAGAGCCCCCCCAAGGCAGAGGAGACUGCUUAGGUCUAGAAGAUUCAUGUCCGUGGGGGAGGGGAAGGAUGUCGGCAGCACUAUAGCUACUGGGAGGUCAUGUCUGCAGAUUUAAGGUCUGCCUCUGUGACCUGGAGGUCAUACAAUGUACAGUACAACAUGAACCGCUACAACACCUCUAGAGAGCAACUCUUGGAGAAAACAUGUUUUUGUUCCUUUUGUUCAUAAUUUUGAUUACUACUCAUGUUCUGUUCUAAGGCCUCUUUGACCAUAUAAAAAAUAAAUGAUAUCAAUGUUUAAAA